AGUGGUGUUCGAGAACUCGGGAAGCGCAGACGCGUUAUGGUGUUGUGUCGCUUUAAUAGACAGAAUAUUUUCAUAUUUCGUUUAUACUCCGUAUGAGUAACGUACCCCCGUUUUAAUAUUUAUCAUUAAUAUAUUAUUGCCAAUCAUUUAUCGAACUACUUAUUAUUUUUUAUUGAUUACUCAUUUAUUUAUUUAUCAUUUUAUUUUAAACUAGUGUUUUUAGUUAGAGUGAGUGAAGUGAUAGACUUUGAUAUAUAUUAUAUAUAUUUAUAUUUUUAUAUAGAUAUUGGAUUCAGAGGGUUGGUUUUUGAAUUAAAAGUGAUCGCGAUUACGAAUUAGGGAUGUUAGCAAAGGGCGAGAGGGGAAAAGCGACGGACUUCAGUAUCGCGGCCAUCAUGGCGCCCAGGGGUCCGUCCUUUGGACAUUACCACCUGCAGGGACUCCAGGGUAUUGGUGAUACUAGUAACACCAAUGUAGAGUGUACCAGCAAAUUCGAUGCUUCACCUCCUCUUCAUCACCGAGUGUUAAGAUCCUCGCCGGUUAAUAUCGUGGCAACGGCGACACUGGUAACUGGAGAUGGACUUCUAGAUGAUGAAGAUGAUGAUGAAGUCGAUGAAGGAGUCGGAGAAGUGGAUAGUGUUGGUACUGAAAAAUCAAUUAAUUGUGAAGAUGAUGAGGAAAUAGAUGUGGAUGUUGAGGAAUGCAGUAGUAUUGAUGAUAGUCCUUUGAGUAUUGAUGACGUGAAUGAGAGGAAAUAUAAUAAAAAUAGUAAUAAUAAUAAUAAUAAUAAUAAUAAUAGUAGUAAUAAGAAUAGGAAUAAUAACAAUAGCAAAAGUAGUAAAAAUGCACAACACCGACGGACUAGUUGCAAUUCAGAGGAACUUAAAAAUGUCGAGUGUCAUCUUGAGACCAAAGAACUCUGGGAUAAGUUCAAUGAACUUGGAACUGAGAUGAUCAUCACAAAAACCGGCAGACGAAUGUUCCCGACCUGCAGAGUGUCAUUCAGUGACUUGAAACCGGAGGCACGUUACGCCGUACUCAUGGACAUUGUACCGGUUGAUGACAAACGGUACCGAUACGCUUAUCAUCGGAGCUCUUGGUUAGUAGCCGGGAAAGCUGACCCACCAGCACCGGCACGACUUUAUGUCCAUCCAGAUUCUCCGUUCACUGGUGAACAAUUGAGGAAACAAAUUGUCUCCUUUGAAAAAGUUAAACUUACUAAUAACGACAUGGAUAAACAUGGACAGAUUGUGCUCAAUUCAAUGCAUCGGUAUCAGCCCAGGAUACAUUUAGUCAAGUGUCGUCCUAAAGAUGAAGAUAAGAAUCAUAAAAUAACAGAUCUCAAUAAAGAAGAACACAAGACUUUUAUAUUUCCUGAAUCUAUUUUUACGGCUGUUACUGCGUAUCAAAAUCAAUUGAUUACAAAAUUAAAAAUCGACAGUAAUCCAUUCGCCAAAGGUUUCCGUGAUUCAUCACGGCUCACAGACUUCGAUCGAGAUCCGAUGGAACUAAUGGAGCAGCAAUUGGUCCGUUGUGGCGUACCACCAGUCCGUCUAUAUGAGCAUUUAGCCUUAACAUCACCCGGUGGGAGUGCAUUGAGUAUUCAGCAACAGCAACAACCACCAUCGCAGCAACACCAUCAGCAACACGAGGGAGGGCAUCAGCAUCCACUGGCAUCCUGGUUGGCACCCUCAGCAGCGCUGCUUUACGGCUCGCGUACUACCACAUCCUCACCUUACCCCAACACACCCUCAUUCCCCUAUCCCCCUCUCUCCUGGUCCUGGCAACCCUCACCCGUAGCAAUCAUCUCCCGACGAGCAUCUCCCUCGUCCGUAGGGGUCAGGUACGCGCCCUAUCCAACCCCAACUUCUACGCCACCGCCACUUCGCGCACGCCCGGCCACCCCCAAUUAGCGAUCCCCACAAUUCACUGCUACCUCCUACUAUUUUUUUAUUACCCACCUUUUUAUGUUUUUUAUUUUUAAUCUUGUCGUUAGACGCCAUUUCUUACUAACAAACCCCUUCAUAAAUAUUUUAAUUAUUUAAUAAUAUUAAAUAUAAAUUAAUAUUUCAUUUUAUUAAAUUACUAAUUGUUUAUUUUUUAAAUUUUAAUUAUUUGCGAUUAUUCAAUUUUUGGAAUAUUUAUCACAUUGUUAUAUUUAUAAACCAAAGAAAUAAAAUAUCGCGCAUGUUGAUUUAAAUUUUAUUCUUCAUUAUUAAUUGUUAUUAUUAAUUAUUAAUUAUUAUUAUUAUUAAUUGUGUAUAAUCUAGGUGUAUAGUGUACAGAGCACAUAAAAAAUCAUUUCUAUAUUUUAUUUUCAAUUAAAUUUGCAAUUACAUGUGUAAAUAAAUGGGGUUUUAAAUAUCUGGGAAGUGUCUUAAUUUUUAUAAAGGCUAAUUGUGAAUGUUAAUUACAAAUUAUCACUAAAUGUAUGAAAUACUUUCUUGUAGGAAAUUUAAUUUUCUACAAAACUGUUCCUUAUACAUUUUUAUGUAUUUUGAUAACUUUGUCCACAAUUUCAAAUUAAAGACAAAAAUACAAGUAUUUAAAAAAUUUUGAAUACUGCUUUAUUUCUAUUAAAGAACUUUUGCAGCCUAAUUAUCAAUUGUACGUUUAAAUACAAAGAAUACUUUUUUGUAGGAAAUUUAAUUUUCUACAAAAAUGUUCUUUAUAAAUUUUUAUGUAUUUUUAUAACUUUGCCCACAAUUUUAAUUUAAAGACAAAAAUACAAGUAUUUAAAAAAUUUUGAACACUGCUUUAUUUCUAUUAAACAACUAUUGCGGCCUAAAUAUUGAUGGUACGUCUAAAUACAAAGAAUACUUUUUUGUAGGAAAUUAAAUUAUCUACAAAAAUGAUUCUUACAAAUUUUCGUCUAUUUCUGUAACUUCACCUGAAAAUUACAUUUAAAGUCCAGCUGUUACAGUUGCGUCCAUCUAUUCUAACAUGAAUUAAAUUAAAAUCAUUUUUUAAUUAUUAAAUAAUUUUAAUGAUGAUUUAAAAAAAUAAAUAGAGGCACUUCCCCAUUAAUGUACUUAGUAUACUAAAAAAAAAAUAAUUUUAAUUUCUUAGUAAAAUAAAAUCAAUUAUGUUAUUAAUUGAGACCAGUGAUUUUUAUUCAUUUAAUUUAGUACAUAAGAUUUAAUUUAAUACAAGUAAAAAAUAUGUUUGCUAUAGAUGUUAAAUUAAUUAUAAAAAAAAAAAAAAAUAUUGUAAAUUGUUUUACUUAUAAAUAUCACCAGUUAAACGGCUGUACGAUACCACGAUAGUAUUAAAUACCAACUAAACAACAAUUCGUCUAACUGUAAUGAUAAACAAUAUUAACAAUAAUUGUAAAUAAAUAAAUAAAUAUAAAUAUCAUUGUAGAAUCGACAGCGCGAAUACAGACUGUAGUAAAAAUAAAUAAAUUUUCAUUA